AUGAUGUUAAACCUAAGUCUCACGACUCACAAUCUCUCUAAGCCAGCUCUUGCUACAGAUUCAGAAACAAAUGUGUGCAUGGCAUCCCCAAUUCAGAUUGCAAGACCACCUAUAAAACGACGACGUAAAAACAUAUCUCCCCGUAAUUUGCCAAAGAUUACUGAUCAAGAACUACAGCAGUUAUCCGGAGAUUUAAAUUCCACCAUUGUGCCAUUGUUUGAGAAGACAUUGACAGCCAGUGAUGUUGGUCGACUUGGUCGCAUGGUUCUUCCGAAACCAUGCGUUGAAGCUUAUUUUCCUCCGAUUUCUGAACCAGGGGGCGUUUAUUUACAUAUUGAAGAUGUGAAAGGGAAGAAACUGAUGUUUAGGUUUAGAUUUUGGCCUAAUAAUAGCAGCAGGAUAUAUGUUUUAGAAGGUGUACAUCCUUGGAUUCAGUCUAUGCAAUUGCAAGCUGGAGAUUUUGUAACAUUUAGCCGGAUGGAUCCCCGGGAGAUACUGAUAAUAGGGUUUCGAAAGACCUCAAAUUCUUCUAUGCAGGUGCAUGAAGUUACUUUGUCUAACGGCAUGAAAAGAGAAGGAAUGCAUCUGCCACAAGAGCUGGUUCCUGAGAAGAAACAAAGAACAUGUGACAUUGGUUCGAAAAGUAAGAGGCUGGUUAUUGACAACCAAGAUGCAUUGAUGUUGAAACUUACUUGGGAAGAGGCUCAAGAUUUUCUUCAUCCAUCGCCAACUGUUAAUUCAAGCAUUGUGGUGAUUGAGGAUUAUGUUUUUGAAGAAUAUGAAGAACCUCCUAUCAUUUCAAAGAGAGGAAUAUUCAUAAACGGGAUGAAUGAGAAAUGGAUACAGUGUGAUAAGUGCUCAGAAUGGAGGAAGUUGGGAUCUGUGGAGAAUUUAUCGGAACAGCGAAGGUGCUCAUGUUCUGCUCCCAUGAAUUGA